CUUUUUGCUCAGGCGAGCUGCGCGCCAGUGCGCUCCCUCGUUCCUCCUUCGCCAUGCAGGGUCCCGAGACGCUCCUUGCACUGUUAAUCAUGCCUGCCCUGCUUGCGUUGGCCCUUGUUAUUUCGGGCCCUUGGAGGCUCUUAGAGUCCCAGCCGCCUCCGAAUUUGAUGCGGGAACUGGAGCAGCGGCAGCAGGAUCUGAGCCGCCUGGCAGCCUCUGUCCAAGCCCGCGCUUCUCCGUCUCCCGCAAGGCGCGCCGCGGUCGCAGAGCCUUUGGGUUGCGCGGAACUGAACGGCCUGAGCGACGUGGGCGUGGUGGGCGCUGGCAUCACGAAGCUGGUGCUGAGGGCCGCUCUGUCGCCUGGUGGCAAGGAAAUCGCUCUGAAAUCCGUGCACUGGACAGGCAACGACGUGAGUCGCUGUGUUCAACGCUACGGCCACGCGGAAGGUUGUUUCCAGCUCGCUGCUUUCAAGCUGUUGAAGGAGACGGUUCUGCUGCAGAGUCUGGAUCAUCAAGGCAUCAUCAAGCUGCAUGGUCAAUGCUUUAAUAAUAGCUUAUAUCCCGAAAUGAAAGUGGUUUCUAUGCUGGAGCUGGGAGCCCCUUUGGAGAUGAUUCAGCUUCUGCAGAUCCCCUGGGAAGAGAGAUUUAAAAUUUGCCUGGAUCUGGCAGAACUGCUGUAUUACUUGGCAAAUUCUCCUCUGGGUUCCAUCGCUCUUCUAGAUUUCCAGCCAAGGCAAUUUGUUAUGGUGAAUGGGAUCCUGAAAGUUACAGACCUGGAUGAUGUGAGCACUGAGGAACUGUCUUGCAAAAGAGAUCAGGACUGCAUUCUCAAAUUCCCCACAAAAACCUUCUUUCUCAAAUGUGCCAGCCACGGGAACUGUAAAGGAAUAAAUGAGAAACGGAAUCUUUUCAAUGCGUACCGGUAUUUCUUCACUUAUCUCUUACCUCAUACUGCACCCAUUGUUUUGCAACCAAUUUUGAAGGAUAUCCUGAAUGCCACAGGUGACUUGCGAUAUGGAGCAAAUGAAACUCUAAGAGCUUUCCAAAAAGUUUUGCAUUUGUACAAGUCAGGACUUUAUCUGCAGAAAAGGCCUUCUCAUUUAAAAGAAUAUGUUGUUGUAAAGGGAUUCCACAGUGUGGAUACAGAGGACUAUAAGUGCUGGCCUUCGUAUAGCUCUUUGAGAUGCAUGCUCUCUGUUCAUAAUGUAGAGGAAGCUGCCUCCAUUUGCAGUUACCAUCCACAGUGUCAACAUUUUAUCAUCACACCACAGAGAACAUGGACAGGGCGUCCUCUUGCUAUUUUUCAGAGCAAUUUGACCUACUUAAUUCCAGGUAGCACCACGGAGGUGUACGUUAAACGAUCUGCAUCCUCAAGAGGAGGCCUUUGAUUGAGAUGCCAGAGAAAACUCAGCAUUGUUACUGGGACUAAUAUUAUCGACAUCAAUGGAUGGCUUACAUUAUUUCCGCUGUGAGGCUAUUAUCUACACCAGUUUACGUGACAAAUGUUUCAAUAAUCAAAUCCCUUUAUUCAAGAACUUAUGCAUCCCAGGAGUAGUUCAUAAGCUGUUCCAUACUGUUACAACUACGCAAGUCUCAAUUUCAGCCACCACUGGGAUUGGACAAAUUGGCUUUAUGUAUAUUCAGUCAUGAUUUUCUAACUUCUGUGUUGU